AUGGUGGAGGAAGGAGAGCAGCCGCAAACCACCAACACAGUUGAGGAGCCUCUCGAUCCGAUCAGGCUUAGGCUGGACGAGUGAAUUUAUGUGAAAACGAGAAACGACUGAGAGCUUCGAGGGAGACUACAUGCAUAUGAUCAGCAUUUAAACAUGAUUUUGGGAGAUGUUGAAGAAGCUGUUAUGACUGUAGAAAUUGGUGAGGAAACGUAUGAGGAGAUAUACAAAUCCAUCAAGAGAAACAUCCCAAUGCUGCCUGUCCGUGGUGACGGUGUUGUUCUUGUGGCUCCUCUGCUAAGAGUGGUUUAA